AUGCCGUGCAUACUGUGUCGCGGUGUUCAUUCUGUGGAGUCAGUGAUCAGAGUGAGUGGACAUGUAGGUGGAUCAGUAGAGAUCAGAUGCCCCUAUGAUGGAAGAUACAAGACCUACUCCAAGUACCUCUGCAGAGGAGACUGUUCCUAUGGAUACAAAGACAAACCUGUUGAGACUGAAGAAGGGAAGAGCGGGGCUGUUAGGGGAAGAUUCUAUCUCCAUGACGACACAGCUUCUAGAAUCUUCACUGUUACCAUCACUGGACUGGUUACAGAGGAUGCUGGGAAGUAUUGGUGUGGGAUUAAGAGAUACGGACUGAAACAUGUCUACACUGAAGUGGCUCUCACUGUUAAAGGUGGAGCUCAGGGUCAUGAUGACGUGCACUAUGCCAGUAUCCAGCACCAACGCUCCAGGGCCACUACUGGGGGAGGGCAGCGGGAAGAUCAGGUCCAUAGCAGAGGCGGAGAGGAUGAUGUUCAGUACUCCACGGUGAGACAGCAUCCCAGGCAGACUGCAGCGGCUCUGCAGGGGGAGGAAGACGUGCAGUAUGCCAGCCUGCACCUGAAGGGCAAAGCAGACGCAAAAGGUAUGCAGACCUGGACUGGUGUUUAUUCUGUGGAGUCAGUGAUCAGUGUGAGUGGACGUGCAGGUGGAUCAGCAGAGAUCAGAUGUCCCUAUGAUGCUGGAUAUGAGACCUACUCCAAGUACCUCUGCAGAGGAGACUGUCCUGCUUCCUGGUUUUCUAAAUCAAAAGACAUUCCUGUCCAGACUGAAAUAGGACAGACCACAGCAGACAAUGGAAGAUUCCAUCUCCAUGACAACACUGCUUCUAGAAUCUUCACCGUCACCAUCACUGGACUGACUGCAAAGGAUGCUGGGAAGUAUUGGUGUGGGGUUAAGACUGGAUUUGGGUCCAAAGAUGUCUACACUGAAGUGGAGUUAACUGUGGAAACUAUUAAUCCCUCCACCACCUCAUAUGAGAACAACACUCUUCCAUCUUCUCCUCCCACAUCUCCCCCGUUCAACCUCACCUCCUCUGCCCCACACCUGGGCAACAUCACUGAUCCAGUCCUUGGGAGGGGACAAGCAGAGGAGGAGGAAGAGGAGGAGGGAGGUGAUGAAGAAGGUGUCUCGCCCGUGGUGGUGGGGGUGUUGUGUGCUGUGGCACUGGUCAUUAUAGUGCUGACUGGUGCUGUGGUGUCACUCGCCUACUACACACACAGGAGGAAGAAGCAGGAGCAACAGCCAGACAUCGGGCCAGCUAGUCUUCACAGCAGUACACCAACUGAAGAGCCCAACGACUAUGAGGAGCAUGUGGACAUGGGUAGUGCAUCUGGGGCGACUGGGGCCAGAGCAUCAGUGAGCUCCAUCUAUUGUCUUGCUGAAGGGCCAAGGAAGUCUCCCUCAGUGCCUUCCCUCUACGCCUCCACUGCUGCCAUCGCCACCAAACAUCAGGACGCACAACAGCAGCAGCAGCAGCAGCAGCAGCAGCAGCAGCAGCCCAUGGACCAGGACAAUAACGACGCUCCCAUUUACUGCAAUGCACCACCGCCACAAGCCACUGCAAGAAGAAACUACACCCUCCACAGUGAAUAGCUAGAGAUACAGCCUACACAUCCGACACAAUGGGCUGUCAGAAUGAAUCCAUUUGUGAUGCCACAAGUAGAUGUCAU